UGGGUGGGACCGUCUCGGAGCUUGGGCACCCGCCCCCCUGGAGGCCCCAGAGCCUGUUACCCCGAGAAAGCCCCUCCCCGCGGGCGGAGACGGCGCCGAGGAGUCGCCGCCCGGGCCCCGCCGCCGGGCCAGUACCCCGAGGCCACGGCCGCGGCGCCCAGUUCUGUCCCCAGCGGCGUGCCGCGGAGCAUGGGGCGCUGACGGCCAUGGACCGCUCCCGGGUCUUCCUGGGGCUGCUGGUGUCCGCGCUGCUGGUGGGCUUCCUGGCGGUGCUCUUCGUGCUCGUCUGGGUGCUGCACUUCCGCGAGGGGCUCGGCUGGGACGGCGGCGCGCUCGAGUUCAACUGGCACCCGGUGCUCGCGGUGACCGGCUUCGUCUUCAUCCAGGGCAUCGCCAUCAUCGUGUACAGACUGCCAUGGACCUGGAAAUGCAGCAAGCUCUUGAUGAAAUCCAUCCACGCGGGCUUAAAUGCGGUGGCCGCUAUCCUGGCCAUCAUCGCCGUGGUGGCCGUGUUUGAAAACCACAGUGUCCAACAGAUCCCGCACCUGUACAGUCUGCACAGCUGGGUUGGACUGACAGUCGCCAUACUUUACGUCCUACAGCUUGUUGCAGGCUUUUUCAUCUUCCUGCUGCCAUGGGCUCCGAUCUCCCUCCGGGCACUCAUCAUGCCCGUACAUGUGUAUUCUGGGCUCCUCCUCUUCGGGACAGUGAUUGCGACAGUCCUCAUGGGCAUGACAGAGAAGCUGUUUUUUGACCUGAAAAAUCCUUCAUACCAUACCUUCCCGCCAGAAGGUGUUUUUGUCAACACCUUGGGCCUUCUGGUGGUGGUGUUUGGAGCUCUCAUCUUUUGGAUUGUCACCAGGCCCCAGUGGAAGCGUCCUAGGGAACCGGGCUCUAUCCCUCUUCAGCUAAACGGCGGCACCGCGGACGCAGCGGAAGGCGCGAUGGCCAUUAGCUCCGGCCACAGCGUGGACACCGCAGACGCAGAGUUAAGCGGCGAGGGAGCAGCCCGGAAAAGGACCGUCGGCCUCGAUGACGCUGGCCAGAGGUCCACCAUGUGAAGUGUAGACGCCGCCACGUAACUUCUCUUCCAGCGUCAGCUUAGCUUCUCCUGCCGUAGGGGACUUGGGUUCACAGUGCCAGUGGGUAGCGGGGUCACCAGGGGGGCCUGCCUGAGAGCGAGUGCGUUGACCGAGGCCUGUGAACUUGACAAACGCGAAGGGACGUGGUCAGUAUAAGCUGUAGCUGUGUCCUCUCUCUUCCCGGGGACCCACGCCUUGGAUGUUUCUGCCUGUGGCUUGUCUGAGCACUCUUGGCCUCUCCCUACUCCCCAUUAAUUCCGGGAGCGCACGGCGAUUUCAGAACUAGGUAGAACCUGUCUUAACUUUGAAAAUAAAGUCACGAAUACCUGGAACGGGUUUAGACCAUUGUGCCUCACAGAUGCUGUGAGCAAAACGAGGCGGGGGUGGGGACGGGGUGCGCUUUUGGAAAAUAACGGGUUCUCUUCCCCCCGCCCCCCUCGAUGGCCUUUUGCUUGCUCCCUCCCUCUCCAGACAAUUUGGGCUCGCGUGGGCCUUGGACGUGAGAGUCUAUAUGAGGGUGUUUUGGAGCAUUUGCUGGGUCACAGACAGCUGAAGAGGUCUCUGGCUAGCCCUGGAAGGUUUGCCAACAGUCCGGUCCCCAGACUCCUAGGAGCUGGCGUACCUUCACCGCCCAGCUUCGGAACCCCGAGCAAGGCAAACACGCCCGAGCCCAAGUCCCCCAGGUCCCUGCUUUGCAGCGAAGAACGCUUUCCCUCGAGUUUUCUUUUCCAAAGUGCUUCGCUGGCUCUUCCUGUGUGCCAGCCACUCUCCUCCCGGGGAACUAUACAAAUACUAGCUCCUUUGUCCUCCAGACCGACUUUGUUACAAGCCCCGUUUCAGGUGGAGAUCUGAAGCUUGGAAAGGUUAGUAAGCUGGCCCAACAUCACACAACGCUUCAGCCGGUGGAACUGACAUCCAAACCCUGGCAGUCUGGCUCCUCUGCCCACAACCCACAUUUCACUCUACUCCUUUCCUCACUCAAACUAACUGGCAGCAUUACGGCCCGCCCCUGAGUCAAGUCGCUGAUGGAGUCUAACAGACUUUCAGGGCGCUGCCUUGCCCUUGGUCCUCUUCCAAGGGGACCCCUUAUAUGAUGGGAAAGGAGCCAUAAAGACUUGGAAGUAGAUCUCAGGGCCUCAGCCACUGCCAACAAGCCAGAACCUGCCUCGAUGCCCUUUUAAUCUUAGCAGGGCGUCUGGCUUUUUGACAGGAAGCCCCAGACUAGUGUGCUCCCAGCUUCCAAGAUGAAGUCUUUAGAGUACUUGUCCCUCAGGAUCUUAGUUUAGAUGCUGAACAGAUUUUCAUUUGGAGACACUUGUAUCCCAGGCUGCUCUUUCCUGGAGCCAUCGGCAGGUUCUUUUCUAAUUUUUCUUGGGUGGGGGGGGGGGGAGGAUUUGAAGUUCUUAGCAAGGAGCUAAGCUUUGCAGGGAGAUUGAAACGUGCUGACCUCUCACGUGGCCAGACCUCUCUCAGCUCCGACCCCGAAAGCUGCCCCAGUAACUGUGCUGAAGUGAUAGCUCGGGACACUGGUUGUUCGUUGGUUUCUCUGCGUUUUCUGACUAGGUUGCUUGGGCACAGAAGGGCGAGCCUAUAGUUCCAACUGCCUGAAAGGCUGAUAUCCCAAGGCUCAGUUGAAGGCCAGAGUGGGCAACACAGUGAAAGCUUCCCUUGGGUUUCUGGUUUCUCUAGUUAACCCGGGUUGGCCUGGCCCUUUGCGUAACCGCGGGUGACUUUGUGAUGCUCCUUGCCUUCAUGUCCUUACAGCAUGACAGGCAGCUUGCCACCAGCCACCGUGUGCUACUGCAGCUCUGCCGUCUAAAGUAAGGAUAAAGACAAAACAAAACACAAGGGUUUUAAUGUGGAGGGGAAACAAACAAACAAACAAUCUUACAGUUUAUCGCAAAAUACCCUUCACACGUUUGGUGUGUACAUCGUUGUUUCCAAAGACAGAAUACAAACCUACCAUCCAUCAGCUCUCUUAAACUCCAUGACAGUUCAGAAUUCCCUCGAUGCAUCCCUGCUUUCUUCUUCCUAAUUAAUCCUGUUUGCAAAGUUGGUAACAGCGUCAGAAGGAAUGUGAGUGACUGACCCAAGGUCAUUCUUCAGCUAGAUAGAGUUCAAGGCCAGCCUGCAAUGCAUGCCACUGCAUCUAUCUCAGAAGUCCAAUAAAUAGGUAGAAUUUGUAUGUGUGCUAAGAAAGAGUAAUUACAUGGCUUUGUGUAAAUGAUGACUCACCAUAAAGAGCUGGGUCAAAUCCCAGGGUUAUUUUGAGGGGGAGAAUGGCAGGCUAGUAACUGAGGCCCAGGAAUCAUGGCUGGCUUUCCUUUCCCCAUAGGCCCGCAGAGGCUAUCAGUGCAAGGCUAAUUGUGUGGCACUAGAAUAGCUCCAUUGCAAAGUAUUUGAACACCCCUCAUCUCAGCCCUUUAUUUUCUCUCGAGUGGGCUAAUGGGAGGGUAAUAUUAUAGGCACUCCUUUUCUUUCUUUCCCAGCUUUUAUGAAAGGAUACAUAGCACAAUAUAUCGAGAAGAUCUUUCUAUUUGAGACUCUUCUUUUAAUGGGCUCUUUAUUCUAAUGAUAAUUAUACCUUUAUCUUUCAAAAGCUGAUGUUUCCUACCUAAAGCAUCUCCCCCCAAAAAAUAUCACAUUAAAAAGUCUGCAAAGAAUAGGGGAGAAGAAAGGCGUAGGUAUCAAUUCCAAACAGUGAUUGAAACCUCCCAAAAUAAUUAUAGCGUAUAUCUUCUGCAGAGAUAAUCUGGCGUGGAUCACCCCAUAAUCUAAUUUCAGGAAAGAAAGCUUCACUUCAACACAGAUCUACGUCAACAUGAAAGCCUUCUCUUUCUCAGGCUUUAGCAAGAAAUCACAAUGAAUAUACUUUAUUGAAUUAAUGUCAUCAAAAAUGUACAGCUCUCCUGGGCUUGUGUCAAGCAGAGCCUCCCCUCCAUGGCACUCUCCUCCUGUUAAGAGUGUGGCUUCCUUUCUGUCUGUACAGUUAGAGACAGCAACCGGGACCUUACAAUGAAAUGAUAGAUUAAGGCAAGCACACUUUUAAAGGACUGGUGACAAGUACUUUCUGUUUUCUAAAGGACACCAGUGUAAAUUGUAUGCCUCAUUUUAAUUAAGCUUUCUUCCCUGCCAAGCUGGAAAACCCAGUUCAUCCUCAUUCACCAUCGCUGCACAUGGAAAUGGAAAGGAGGAAGUCACUCCUCAGCUGGAUUUUAGUUGUAAUGUGAUGAAAUAUUUAGCUAUAAAUGUCCAUUGUUUUAGUUAAGUCCAACAAGAAACUAUAACUUCUAUGUCUAAUAGAAAUGCAAAAAAAUAAAGAAAAAUGAUUGUUCUUCAUUUAUGAGCUACUUGAACACUUUAAGUGGAAAAUAAUUCUUUCUACAAAUUUGUCUUUUUAUCUCAACACAUUGAUGGAAAAGUAUUAUCUUGAUUAUUUUAUAAUUUUGUAAGGAAACAUGUACAUCUAUUUUUCUUGACUUUUAAUAUAUCAAUAAAAAAAGCUACUUCUAAGA